UGGGCUGUACCUGCCCCUGCGUCCCCUGCUCUCAGAUGGGAGGUGGCAGACUGCAGAUGUGCGUGUGGCCUCUGGGCCCAUCCAGCUGUUCCUUAGUGGAGCCUGGAAUGUCCAGACCGCCACUGGGGACUUGUCUGCAGCCCUCACUGCCGAAUCAGAGGGAAUCACCACUGAGUGGUCAUAAACUGUUUUUACAGACACUUGAGCAGAAGAGAAAGGUGGAUGGAAGACAGUUUCUUAAAAAAAAAAAAGAGAUCAACCCCUCACCCCCAAAUAGCAUCACAAAUGGGAAUACAAAUAGCUUUAAACGGAAAGACUUCCCUCACUCAUGUAUUCUAAUGCCACGAAUGUGCAUUUAACAGGGGCCAGGAACAGUGAAACAUACAGAGGAAAUAAAAUAUAGACUCUCAGGGGAGAUAAAAAUCACAGCAACGCAGGAAAUACUAAGGUGGUGGGGAGAGCUUGCUGAGGGCCGAGAGCAGGCUGGUACGUGCAUAUUUGAUUUCUAUGGGAUCUGGACAUACAGAGAGUUGGAGAUAGAAAGUCUUUAUUAGGAAGUGAGAUUUGAACUGAGUUUAGGGGAUGGGCAAUCUGAGUCAGUAGAUAAAUCAUCUGACUGUUGGGCUGGGGAGAAACGUCUUUCCAUGAGGGCCAGGGAGGAGCUUAAAUGUGGACAGAGGAAGUUGAAGUGAGAAGUAUUUCCCUCUCGGCUUCCCGUCAAUAUCAGUCAGUCAUUCCUCUUAUAGGAGUCCCUUCCCAGCUUGUGUUUCCACGACCUGGGGAGCUGACCACAUCACUCUUCCCAGGCAGGAGCUGCUGAUAUGGGGGCCUUUCUCUGGUCACUCCUUCUGCUGCUUCGGGAAGCCAAAGGGUUUUCGGGAGAUGAGGAGGACCCUGAGGAAGUGAUUGCAGUCCUUCAAGAGUCUAUCAUCCUUUCUCUGGAAAUACCAUCCAGUGAAGAGGUUAAGGACAUCAUCUGGUCCUCUCGAAAAAACCUCGCCGUAGUGGCACCGGGGGAAGAGGGCCAGCCAGCCAACAUCACUGUGAUGGAUCCUCGCUACCGAGGUCGAGUGGGCAUCCCAGAGUCCAGCUACUCUCUGCGUAUCAGCAAUCUGACCUGGGAGGACUCUGACUUUUACCAAGCCAAAGUUAACUUGAAGACAUCCCAGCUCUCUAUCACGAAGUCUUACAAUCUCCAUGUCUACCGGCGACUGUCAAGGCCCCACAUCACUGUGAACUUUAAGAUUUCUGAGGAAGGUGCCUGUAACAUAUCCCUGAGGUGCUCCGUAGAGAGGGCGGACAUGGAUGUGACCUACAGCUGGCUUUCAUCUCAGGACAGCACUGACACUCCUCACGAAGGCUCUGUUGUCAGUACAUCUUGGAGGCCUGGUGACGAAGCCCUUUCCUAUACUUGUAGGGUCAGCAACCCCGUCAGCUACUCCACUUCCCGUCUCAUCCCUGUCGGGUCCUUCUGUGCAGAGCCUGGCUAUUCUGAGAAGUCUUCAGUGUUCUGCCUCCUGGCCAAGGGCUUGCUCCUUCUCUUACUCUUGGUAAUUCUGGCUGUGGGACUCUGUGUCUUCCGAGCCCAGAAAAACUAUGAGAUGGCGAGGGUGAGGAAACUCAAGAGAAACCGAAUCAAACUGAGGAAGAAGGGGAAGCCUGGCCCUAGUCCAGUCUGAUGGGCCCCUGGAGACCCCUGUUCUGAGCUUUGUCUCCUCUUAGCCUCCAGGGAAAUCAUCUGGGGGACAGGUGGGAGGAUCACUGUUGAACACCUGAAAGGGCCAUAUUCCCCGAGAGACGCCAUCUGGCAAUAAAGUCAGUCCCCACCUUCUGGAAGAGCUGUGCUUGACUGGCAAUUCUGUGGGUGCUGGGCAGCCCAGGGAAAAACCUGUUGCUCACUUUCCCUACCUGUCCAGGUGUCUUCACUGAAGCCCACGCCCCUUCUCAGGCUUGCCUCUGGGCAGGAAAAUGAGUCUGAAGACCCCAUGAGAGUGAAGUGUUUGUUUUCACUACAGGCAUCCCAUUCUUCACCCACCUAAGUCUUACAAUAAACUACACGAAAGGCUCCCUCACCUAACUAAAUGUGUGACGGCAGUUCAUUUAGUUCAUAACUGUUAUGCCUAAGACUCCUCGC